GGAGAGGCGUUUCAUGGAUCUGGACGACGACGGACUCGUCGGGUGCUUGGUCCUCUCGGAUGCGGGCCACGUCCUCGCCGACCACGCGCUUCGUCCUUCGGGCCUUCGCCCGGCGCCCUUAGCCUCGCUCGUCGCCACGCUACAGCAGUUCAACCACGGGCAGCCCAUGGCCAUGCUCAUGCUGCAAGAGCAAGCAGUUGUCGUCGUGAGCUCCAAUGCGGCUCCGAUCCUCGUCGUUCUCGUGUGCGCGGCAGAAGCCGACGCGGGCUUUGGGCGGCUGGUCGGCGCCAACGUGCUGCACAUCUGCACUCGGUACUUUGGCCACGCAGCGCUCGAUGGUAUCGUCGCAGGUCUCAAGAAGGAAACGGAGGCGCAGUCGACGGCCUACACCCUCUCGUCGGCGCUCGAGGGUCAAGCACCUGCGAAUCAUUGCGCGUUUGGCGCCUUUGAAGCAACGGUUCUCAGCCCUUUUCUGGACACUGCUAUCAAUCUGAAGCGGUCCCUGCAGCGACAUCCUCGCGCCUUCUUUAUCAACAGCAUAUUGGACGAAGUUGUGCCGCCCGCGCCACACGCUUCGGCGCUCCUUCAUGGUAUCCUCUGCGUUGCCCGGGAUGUCGUCGACAACGCCAGCACCGGAUUUUGGACCGCCCGACCGAUCGGUACAGCUCGCAUGCGGCAACCAUGGUAA